AACAGCCGUUAUUAUUACUCCGACGCCGCUGGCUUUUUACAUCAUUCAGUAAACACAGCUCUCUAAAAUGAGCUCGUAGGAAGCCAGGACUAUUUGAUCUGAAGAAUCAAGAAAACUACCUCUUCAUGUGUUUUCUGAGGGGAUAAUGAUGGCAGGCAGGGGCAGGCUGGUGCCCUGUCUGUGUUUGGGGCUGUUCGGUGUCCUCUGCUGGGUCUGGGUCUCCUUUGCUUCCUUUCCAGAUGAGCAGCUUCCCCUCGAGGCCUUGGAUGCAGUGGACCGAGCAGCCUUUCAGCCCCAGAGCGCUCUAUCAGAGAUGGAGUUUGCCUCCAUCCGCUCAUACACAGGACCUGGCAACGCUGACCGCCGCAGCAACAAAGAGUUGCCCAUUCUCCUCUGGUGGAGCAGCGGAUUGUUCCCACAUUUUCCUGGAGAUACUGAACGCAUCGACUGUGCCACAUCUUCUUGCCUGGUCACCAGCAACCGCAAGGUCCAGCAGUACAAACGGACAGCAUCCAUCAUCUUUUAUGGAACGGACUUCAGGGCAUAUGAGGCCCCACUGCCCCGUCUCCGCCACCAGACCUGGGCUCUGUUCCAUGAAGAGUCACCCAUGAAUAACUACUUCCUCUCCCAUGGCCCGGGAAUCAGGCUGUUCAACUACACGGCCACGUUUCGCAGGGAGUCAGACUAUCCAUUGACCCUGCAGUGGCUGCCCUCUCUGGACUACCUGCUAGAGCCUGUGGCUGUCAGUCUGGAGGAGAAAAAUCGUCUGAGGAGGGAGGGUCUGGCUCCUGUGCUCUACAUGCAGUCUCACUGCGAUGUGCCAUCAGACAGAAAUAGAUAUGUCCAGGAGCUUAUGAAGUACAUUCAGGUGGACUCUUACGGGAAAUGUCUGAACAACAAAGCUUUGCCUGAACAUCUGGAGGACACGGCCACAGCUACUGGUGAAGACCGUGGCUUCAUGACUUUUGUUGCCCGCUACAAGUUUCACCUGGCUCUGGAGAAUGGCCUGUGUCCAGAUUACAUGACAGAGAAGUUGUGGCGGCCCCUCCAUCAGGGCUGUGUGCCCGUCUAUCGAGGCUCAGCUCUUGUGGCAGACUGGAUGCCCAACGAUCACUCAGUUGUCAUUAUAGAUAAGUUCCCCUCUCCCAAAGCUCUAGCUGACUUUCUUAAACACCUUGAUGAGAAUGAUGAUGAAUACACAAAAUAUUUAGAGUUUAAGAACAUCAAAAGUAUAACAAACGCUCGUUUGCUGGAGGUUCUGGAGACCCGUGAGUGGGGGGUUAACGACAUGAGUAAACCUAACUACUUGAAUGGAUUUGAAUGUUACGUGUGUGAUCAGGAGAAUGCAAGACUGACAGCAGAACGAGCAUAUAGAAGAGCACCUAUGAAGAACACGCCUCCUCAGCCAAAAAUGGCCAACAACUCUCACAUGGGGUGCCCCCUGCCCAGCCCAGGGUAUGGAGAUGUCCAAGACUUACCUGCAGAUGAUGGAUGGUUGCAAAUAUGGCCGCAGGAUUACUGGCAGAGCCUGGACCAAGCGGAGGGGCUGGAGUCACUGAUAAGACAUAACGAGUCAGACCCUUCACUCCUGUGGAAGCACAUCCAAAACAUUGCUGUGAGCAGAGCCAGAGGAAAACACUGACACAGGCCGAGAAACAAACAGAUGAUGGAGCACAUCCAGGAUUACAGGGGUGCCCCAUAUUUUGCAUCCCCCUCUGUUUAAAUGAGGGGGAUGAAGCAGAAGUGACUCAUAUUUCUGCACCUGAGCCAAACCCCUUUUACCCCCACCAGCAGUUUAGUUACACUCUAACAGAUUUUGACAUUAUAUUCAGAUGACAUGAUAGGUUCGUCCUUUAUACCAGGCUCAGUAAUGGGAAAAUAAUAUUGUAGAGUUAUAUUUUCAAGUUGUUUUAUUGCUGCGACAGACGGGCCAUCGUUGCUCGUGUUCUGCUUUGCAUUGUUAACAUUAACUGCAUGCUGAGCAGUUGUUCCACUAAGGCACAUUCUCAUGGGAGGCAGCUUUUCAUUGGACUGGGGCAGAGCCAAAGAUUUGUCCUCGGAGAGGGAGCUCUGCCUAACUGCGUGUGAAGACCAUCAAGACAGUGGCCAUUGAGCUACAUUAGCUUCUUUACAGUUAAUCUGUAAGUCACUAAUGGUUAUGAGCUAGAGUGCCAUAUAAGUACACAGCUUUUUAAGUGUCUAUGCAAGGAAAAUGUCAUUUCAGGCGGAGAGGAGACAGAAAAAUGUAAAGAUAAGGACAACUCCCUGUGGACAAUCUUUAUGCAUUUGUAAUGUGCUCAGGACCUGUUCAUGUGACACUUUAUAACAUUGCCCAUAACUGUUUUAUGUUACAUGAUUCUGAUCAUGUUCAUGUGCAAUAACUUUUUUAUUAUGGUGUUUAAAAUGUGUUACUGCUCAAGACUUUGUCGCUGCAUUUCCACCAAGCAGUCUAGUUCUGAUCAGAUAAGUACAACACACAAUUAGUUGCAUUAAAUUUUAGGAAAGGUACAAAAAUAACUAACCUGUUCUCUCCUACCUCUCUGGCACCCCUCUGUUUGAUCUUACCUACAAUAUUUAUACCCCCAGUGCGGGCUGUGGCUCUUGCAAAGGUAUUUUUUCCAAAAUUUGGCUCUUUGCGCAGGGUUGAGUAACACUGUCUUAGGGUGAUGGUUAAGUUGACAUCUCAAUUUAGGAAAAGUUUUGAGCUGUAGCAAUGUGCUGUUUGUUACCAAGCUGGAGUCUGAUAUCUAUGUGAAUAACGGGCCAGUUUCCCUUUUUUUUUUCCAGUUUUUGUUGUUUAAUAGACAUAAAAAGCCAUAAUGGUACCAAAUGAAGAGCCUAUUUGGAGCUGAAAGAGCGAUCCUUAUCACUGAUCCAGUUCUCUAAAACAGACAGGGUUUUCUUCCCUUGGAGCCAGUCUGGA